CCGGGCCCAGGGGUUUCCAGGCGCCAGAGGAGGUGUUUUAGCGGGGACAGCGAUCCGGGGCUGGAGUUCGGCUGGACGGGUUGGAGCGCUGGCGCUGGUCAGACGUCGUGGGGUCCCUGCCAACGCAGGGCACUCGGAGCGGGGAUCCGCACGCCUCGCUUUCCCCCCCCGAUGUCGCUGCCACAGCCGCCGGGCUGCUGAUCGCCGCGCCCUUUUCCCGCGCCGGUGCGGGGCGGUGGAGAUCCCAGUAGAGGCAGGAAGACUCCUUGGCAGAACCGGAAUGGAAGUAAAUUGUUUAACACUCAAAGACCUGAUCAACCCCAGACAGUCCAGAAUAGAAUUUGCAAUUGAAGAUGGGAAAAAUGCACAAAAGGAAAAUAUAUUUGUUGACCGAUCAAGGAUGGCCCCAAAGACUCCAAUAAAAAAUGAACCAAUUGAUUUAUCGAAGCAAAAAAUCUUCACUCCAGAAAGAAAUCCAAUUACUCCAGUUAAGCUUGUUGACAGACAGCAGGCAGAACCAUGGACUCCCACAGCUAACCUGAAGAUGCUCAUUAGUGCUGCCAGCCCAGACAUAAGAGACCGGGAGAAGAAGAAAGGAUUGUUCAGACCUAUUGAAAACAAAGAUGAUGCAUUUACAGACUCUCUACAGCUUGAUGUUGUUGGGGACAAUACUGUGGAUGAAUUUGAAAAGCAGAGGCCAAGCAGAAAACAGAAAAGUUUAGGACUCCUGUGCCAGAAGUUUCUAGCUCGCUAUCCAAGUUACCCCAUGUCAACUGAGAAAACUACCAUCUCCCUAGAUGAAGUUGCUGUCAGUCUUGGUGUUGAAAGGAGACGCAUCUAUGACAUUGUAAAUGUUCUGGAGUCAUUGCAACUGGUCAGCCGUGUGGCCAAGAAUCAGUAUGGCUGGCAUGGACGGCACAGCCUGCCAAAAACCCUGAGAAACCUCCAGAGACUAGGAGAGGAGCAGAAAUAUGAAGAGCAGAUGGCAUACCUCCAACAGAAAGAGCUGGACCUGAUGGAUUAUAAAUUUGGAGAACGUAAGAAAGAUGACUUUCCAGAUUCACAAGACCAGCAGUUACUGGACUUCACUGAACCCGACUGUCCCUCUUCAUCUGCAAACAGUAGAAAAGACAAGUCUCUGCGAAUUAUGAGCCAGAAGUUUGUCAUGCUAUUCCUCGUCUCUAAAACCAAAAUUGUCACUCUUGAUGUGGCUGCCAAAAUACUGAUAGAAGAAAGCCAAGAUACCCCAGAUCACAGUAAAUUUAAAACCAAGGUACGACGCCUUUAUGACAUAGCCAAUGUCCUGACCAGCUUGGCGCUGAUAAAGAAAGUGCAUGUAACAGAAGAACGAGGCCGUAAACCAGCCUUCAAAUGGAUUGGGCCUGUGGACUUCAGUGCCAGUGAUGAAGAUCUAGUGGAUGUUUCUGCAUCUGUCUUACCAGAAUUGAAAAGAGAAACAUAUGCCCAGAUUCAAGUCUGUGCAAAACAGAGGCUGGCUCGACAUGGUUCCUUUAACACAGUUCAGGCUUCUGACAGGAUCAAGAGAAAAGUAAACUCAGAACCCAGCAGCCCUUACAAAGAAGAACAAGUAUCAGGCAGUUAUUCCUUAGAAAUUGGAAGUCUGGCAGCUGUCUAUAGACAGAAAAUAGAAGACAAUUCUCAGAGUAAAGCCUUUGCCAAUAAGAGAAUGAGACCUCCAUCCAGUAGCUUGGACUCUGUUGCUCCCUGCCCUGUCCUUUCUGCUGACUCAGAAUACUGUGUUAAUCCUUUCGUCCACCAAGUAUUUUCUGUUGCUCAGACAGACGGGAAGACAUUCUCUGGGCAGAAUGGUCUGAGUGGACAAGUAGGCAUCUCACUCACUUCUGCAGCCUCUGAUGCAGAGAGCCUGAAGCCAGCGCUCCUAGCCGGUCAGCCCAUGGUGUAUGUGCCAUCCACUUCGCUGUUCAUGCUGUAUGGGAGGCUUCAGGAGCGGCUGCCCACAGGAUCAGGGUCUGAGACAGACAGCAAAAGUUCAGAAGUCCCAGCAGCCACAGAGCCAUGGUCUGCACCCUUAGCUCAAAAACGCGUCGGCGAAGAGAAAAAGCCUCAGGAGGGGGAUGAGCCAGCCACCAAAAGACAAAGCGGGGAAUAUGAAGAUGGCCCCUUAUCUCUUGUCAUGCCCAAGAAACUCUCAGAUGCUACGGACAUUGCCUCUCCCAAGACUAUUGGCAGCAGGGAAUCCAUGCCUCUUGAAGACAUUCAUAUGAACGGCCAACUCCCUACUGCAAAGGAGCUCUCCGGAAAGGCUGCAACAAACUGCUUCGUUUCUCCUGAGUGGGGAAAUCCUUCAAAAAAUACAGAAAUUGAAAAGUCUUCAAAAGAAAAUGAAAACACCAAAGACCCCCCUUUGCUGCAGUAUCUUUACGUGCAGUCUCCAGCUGGAUUAAAUGGUUUCAAUGUGCUCUUAUCUGGCAGUCAAACCCCUCAUGCUGUGGGGCCGUCUUCAGGUCAACUGCCAUCCCUCAGUGUUCCUUGCAUGGUCUUACCAUCUCCAGCACUGGGCCCUUUUCCUCUUCUCUACUCUCCCACAAUGCCUGGGCUGGUUUCUUCUGCUCCUGGCACUCUUCCAAACAUGGGACCCGUGAAUUUCAGCCUACCUGGCCUUGGACCGACAGCUCAUCUUCUCAUCAGCCCAACAGCCAUGGUUAAUCCAAAGUCAUCAACACUCCCUUCCACAGACCCUCAGCCUCAGGGCCAGCCCUCCCUUAACCUGAGUCCAGUGGUGUCAAGGUCCUGCAACGCCAUCCAGCCUGAAUCCCCCAUCUACUUGGGGCAUCCAGUCUCAGUGGUGAAGUUGCAGCAGUCACCAGCCCCCAUGACUCCCAAGAGCAUCCGAGGAACACAGCGUGAAACGUUUUUCAAGACACCUGGCAGCCUCGGAGACCCGGUUACAAGGAGGAGAGAGAGGAAUCAGUCACGAAACACCAGCUCAGCCCAGAGACGACUAGAAAUACCCAGCAGCGGGGCUGACUAGCCUGAGACUCUGCCAGGUGGGAGUGGGAUCACACCACCGUGAAUGUCCCUGUUACAGGUGACGCCCUAGCGCCAAACAGAAAGCAGACUCCUAACCAUUGGUGUCCUUCUGUUUUUCAUCCACUGGUUCUGUCAACUUCCCAUCAUCAUGAAUCCCCUAUUUUCCUGAAAGUAAUUGUUCUUAGUUGUGCAUUUAAUACCAGUUAGAAUUCAAACUCUCUGCAUGGUAUCAUGGGAAAGUACUAACUGGCUUUUGUGGUUUUGAUCUAUUUCUUGCUGGAAAUAGAUCUGAACAGGCUACUAGAGCCUU